GCCAGACCCCGCUCCACCCGCGCCCCGCUCGGCUCCCAGGCUCCCGCAGCCCCAGUGUCGGCCCCGCUGCGCCUGCCCCCAGGGGCCAUGGGGGCGCCCCCGGGCUACCGACCCUCGGCUUGGGUGCAUCUGCUCCACCAGCUGCCCCGUGCUGACUUCCAGCUUCGCCCGGUGCCCAGCGGUUUCGCGCCCCAAGAACAAGAAUACCAGCAGGCCCUGUUGCUGGUGGUGGCCUUGGCAGGCCUGGGCUUGGGCCUGAGCCUCAUUUUCAUUGCUGUCUACCUCAUCCGCUUCUGCUGCUGCCGCCCCCCAGAGCCCCCUGGGGCCAAGAGUCCCCCACCCGGCGGAGGCUGUGUCACCUGGAGCUGCAUUGCUGCCCUUCUCGUCGGCUGCGCUGGCAUUGGCAUCGGUUUCUAUGGCAACAGCGAGACCAGUGAUGGGGUGUCCCAGCUCAGCUCUGCACUGCUGCAUGCCAACCACACACUCACGGCCAUUGACCACCUGGUGCUGGAGAUGGUGGAGAGGCUGGGCGAGGCUGUGAGGACUGAGCUGACCACUCUGGAGGAGGUGCUCACACAGCGCACGGAGCUGGUGGCGGCCGCCCGGGGGGCCCGGCGGCAGGCAGAAGCCGUAGCCCAGCAGCUCCAGGGCCUGGCUUUCUGGCGGGGAGUGCCCCUGAGCCCCGUGCAAGUGGCCGAAGAUGUGUCCUAUGUGGAGGAGUACAGGUGGUUGGCCUAUGUUCUCCUGCUGCUCCUGGAGCUCCUGGUCUGCCUCUUCACCCUCCUGGGCCUGGCAAAGCAGAGCAAGUGGCUGGUGAUUGUGAUGACAGUGAUGGGUCUCCUGGUUCUUGUCCUGAGCUGGGGCUCCAUGGGCCUGGAGGCAGCCACAGCCGUGGGCCUCAGUGAUUUCUGCUCCAGUCCAGACACAUAUAUCCUGAACUUGACCCAGGAGGAGACGGGGCUUGGCUCAGACAUCCUGAACUAUUAUUUCCUCUGCAACCAGGAGGUCUCCAACCCCUUUCAACAGAGGCUGACUCUGUCCCAGCGAGCUCUGGCCAACAUCCACUCCCAGCUGCAGGGCCUGGAGCGGGAAGCUGUCCCCCAGUUCCAGUCUGCGCAGAAGCCUCUGCUGUCCUUGGAGGAGACGCUGAAUACGACAGAAGGAAACCUCCAUCAGUUGGUGGCGCUCCUGCACUGUCGCGGCCUGCACAAGGACUAUGGCACAGCCCUGCGGGGCCUGUGCGAAGAUGCUCUGGAAGGGCUGCUCUUCCUGCUGCUCUUCUCUCUCCUGUCUGCAGGGGCCCUGGCCACUGCCCUCUGCAGCCUGCCCCGUGCCUGGGCCCUCUUCCCACCCAGUGAUGACUAUGACGACACAGAUGAUGACGACCCUUUCAGCCCUCAGGAAUCCAAGCGCUUCGUGCAGUGGCAGUCAUCUAUCUGAGCCCCUCCUCCAGGCCAGACGGGCGUCAGUUCCCCAUCUCCGUGUCUUCCCUGGCUGCCAGAGAAGACCCCGCUAACCCAGCUGCUGGGCCCCCCCACUAACACUGCCCUGGCCAUGGACACCUUAAACAACAGCACUGGCCCCCUGCCCUGCCCUCUCCGCGUCCUUAGCCCAGGAAGGAAGCUGGGGCCGCAGGCCAGGGCCCGGGUCCAGCCGGGGAGGGAGGGGGCAGCCAGCCAGCCCCGCACCCUUCUCCCCUGUGCAGGGCCCAUCCCCGCAGGGACAUGAGUGGCCCCCAGUGGGCGCAGGGCCCUGAUCUCUGCUCACUGCACCACCUUGGGAAUGGGUUGAUUUGAAAUAAAAGGGAAGACUUUA